AUGAGAUUUUUACUAGCUCUUAUUGUAUUUGUCUGUUUGGCUUUCCAAUCAGCUUAUGCUCAAGAAUUCUUUUACUAUCAACCAAAUGGUAAUUUUUCAUCUGCUACACCACAAACCGACCUUGCCAAUAUUCAUGCCAAGGUUUGUAAGCUCGUAGGAUCCCAACCAGCAACCCUCUCUGUCUUUACCUCUGCUGUUAGUGCUGGAAACGACAACUCCAAGUAUGAAUGGGCCCUCUAUGGUUGGAUCAAUGAUCCAAGUACCACCUCUUACAAGUUGGUCAGACCAAUUGCCCAAGCCGUUGAAAUUUAUUCUUCUAGUGUUGCCAAUGCUGGUUUCAUCUGUUUUGGUACCAAACCAAUAUUGGGAUACCAAGGUGUAUUAAAGCGUAAUGCUGGAUACUGGACUCCAAAUGGUGCCAUCCUCAAGGAAGUAUACACCGUUGCUCCUCCAGCUGGUUACACUGAUAUCAAUGUUUUGGCAACUGAUUGUUUCAAUGGUGGUACUGGUGCCAUUGUUGCCAUGGUCAACCCUAUCAGGGAAAACUUUUACCAAAACUCUUCCAUCUGUGUCAAUUCCUUGUAUUUUGAUAACCUUGGUCAAGAAGCCAGAGUUGGAUAUUACUUUGGUGUUAGAAACAUUGCUGGAUGUGCCUUUGGUUUCCACGACAAUCCAUACACUUCUGGUGUUAUUGCUGCCGGUCUCUGUUAUGGUCCAAAGCCAGUUCGUCCCUCUUACACCUAUAACUCUAGAACCAUCAAUAUCGGUAGUUUCAAUAGUAUGAUUUCAAAAUACUCUAGAUUCGAGAAUAUUCCAAACGCCUAUCUUGUCAAAAGUUUACCUUAA